AUGUCUGAGCGUAAAGUUCUUUCGAAGUACUAUCCUGCGGACUUCGAUCCGUCGGCUAUCACGCGUGUGCGCAAACCCAAAAAUGCCGGCCCACGAGUCCAGACGGUCCGCCUGAUGGCGCCGUUCAGCAUGAAGUGCACCAGCUGCGGCGAGUACAUCUACAGAGGGCGCAAGUUCAACGCGCGAAAGGAGACGCCGGACGAGAAAUACCUAGGGAUCCAGAUCUACCGCUUCUACAUCCGCUGCACACGCUGCAGCAGCGAAAUCACAUUCAAGACCGACCCCAAAAAUCAAGAUUAUGCGUGCGAGCGAGGCGCGACGCGCAACACGGAGCCCUGGCGCCAAGCGGUGGAGGAGACAGAUGAGGAGCGUUUAGACCGAUUAGAGAAGGAGAAGGAGGAAGAGGAGAAGAAUGCCAUGGUCGAGCUCGAGGCGAAAACUGUGGAUGCGAAGAGAGAGAUGGCUGUAGCGGACGCCCUAGACGAGAUCAGGACAAGAAACGCACGGCUGGAGAGGGCCGACAGAGAUGGUGUCGAAGUCACAGUAGUGCGACCCGAGGAUGAGCAGCGCCUGAGGGAAGAGCAAGAAGACGAGGAGGCGGCGCGGAAAGCAUUCGCAUUCGCUCGGGCUCAGGAGCUGCUUGAAGAGCCGAUGGAUGAUUCGGACGAGCCUCUCUCAGAGUCCUCGGGUACUCCCUCGGCUACUUUCUCAAAUUCAAACGGCGAUGUUGGUAUUACAGCCCACACUGCUGCAGUCAAUGUCCCCGCAGCUGCACCUGCCAAGGACAUGCCGCCACCGCCAAGUUUCAAGAGGCAGGUCAAAAAGAAGAAGGACCACGCCGCCUUGUUGGGCAUCAAGAAGAAGCCGUCUUUGGUAUGA